AGAAGCGACGGCGGAGCCAGGGGCACACCCCCUCCACAGCCCGUCCGCCUGUCCGUCCGUCCGUCCGUCUCCCAGCGCUGCCCGGCGUGGGCAGCGCCCGCAGCCCCGGCUCGCCCCAGCCCCUCGCCAUGAGCCCAGGGACACCGCGGGAUAAAGAGCCGUAUCCAGCUCCGACAGGCUGAUCGUUCCAUUAAGGCAAAUAUCUGGAAUUAGUAGGAGCGAGUUGCUGGGCGCUGCCUGCCCCGUCUGUCCCGCGGCUCGGGGAGCUCCGGGAGCUGCUCUGCAGCCGCAGGGUGAUGCCAGAAGGAGCCCGGCAUGCCGUACCUGGACCGCCAGAACCGUAUCUGUGGCUUCCUGGACAUUGAGGAAAAUGAGACCUGUGGGAAGUUUCUGCGGAGGUAUUUCAUCCUGGACACUCAGGCCAACCACCUCCUGUGGUACAUGGACAAUCCUCAGAACCUGGCCAUUGGAGCAGGUGCUGUGGGAUCUCUGCAGCUGACCUACAUCUCCAAGGUCAGCAUUGCCACCCCCAAACAGAAGCCUAAAACUCCCUUCUGCUUUGUCAUCAACGCUCUGUCCCAGCGUUAUUUCUUGCAAGCCAGUGACCAAAAGGACCUGCAGGACUGGGUGGAGGCACUGAACAGGGCCAGUAAGAUCACGGUGCCAAAGGGUGGCAGCGUCCCCCCAGCCACAGAAAUUACCAAGCCUCCAGUGGUGGCCCAGGCCCAGGAGAGGAAGCCCCAGGUGGCCUACAAAACUGAGAUUGUUGGAGGGGUGGUGGUCCACACACCCAUCUCCAUCAACCAGGACGCUGGGGAGGGCAGUGAGGUGGCUGCACACCCUCUGCUGCGGCGCUCACAGAGCUACAUCCCCCCCUCGGCCACCAAACCUCCUGCAGGGCCCCCCGUGCUCAAGAGUGGCUUCUGUGUCAAGCAGGGGAACGUGAGGAAGAGCUGGAAGCGGCGGUUCUUCGUCCUGGAUGAGUUUUCCAUCAGUUACUACAAGUGUGAGCAGGACAAGGAGCCUCUGCGUUCCAUUCUCCUGAAGGAUGUUUGCAAGACCCACGAGUGCCUGGUCAAGUCUGGUGACCUCCUGAUGCGAGACAACCUCUUUGAAAUCAUAACGAGCUCCAGGACCUUCUACAUCCAGGCAGACAGCCCUGAGGACAUGCACAGCUGGAUCCGGGCCAUCACAGCGGCAGUGCAGGCCCUGAAAACGCGCCCCAGGGAGAUGUCCUUUGUGAGGUCCAGCUUGGUGGCCAGGCCCGGGGGCCCCUCGGUGCCCUCGCAGCCGCGGCCGCUGGCGGAGGAGCGGCGAGCGGCAGGCAGGGCACCCUGCGCGUCCUCGUGGCAGCCCUGGACGCCGGUGCCGCGGGCAGAGGGGCAGCGGGCGGCGCUGGGGGAGCUGCCAGCCUCGCUCAGGGACCCGCUGGCUGUGCCCAGAGAGAGCCAGGGCAGGGCCGGGCCUGGUGCGCGCCUGCGGCACCGCUCGGAGCCACAGCAGCUCCAGGAGAAGCCGUUCGCCUUCGACCUGGACGAUGAGAGCAUCCGCACCUCGGACGUGUGAUGGGCACCGAGCCGGCCCCGGCACCUCUCGCACCUCCCUACCUGCAGGGGUCCCCUCCCUCCAGCACAGCCCUGCCCUGCGCUGCAGGAUCCAUCUGGAGCCCUGCUUGGAGCCCUGCCCUGCACAGAGCGGGGUCCCUGACUUCUCCUGUGCUGGUUUGGCUACUCGGGGGGGUCCCUUCCCUCCAGCACAGCCCUGCCCUGCGCUGUAGGAUCCAUCUGGAGCCCUGCUUGGAGCCCUGCCCUGCACAGAGCGGGGUCCCUGGCUGCUCCUGUGCUGGUUUGGCUACUCGGGGGAUCCCUUCCCUACCCUGCAGGAUCCGUCUGGAGCCAGGGCUGGAGCCCUGCCCUGCACAGAGUGGGGUCCCUGGCUGCUCCUGUGCUGGUUUGGGUAUUUGGGGGGUCCCUUCCCUGCCCUGCAGGAUCUGUCUGGAGCCACAGCUGGAGCUCUGCCCUGCACGGAGUGGGGUCCCUGGCUGCUCUUCCCCAGGCUUGGCCCCAGUGGUUCCAUGUUUUGGAAGGUGGUCGCUAUGCAGGGCAGGAGAUGCUGGGGACCUGCAUGAAGAACAUCUGCAAUUGCAUCCUUUCCCCACAAACCAGGUCUGGAGGAAGUGGCAGGAGGUCUUGGAGGCAUAUGAAGGGGAGUGUGGCCUUUCUUGUGUUUGUAAAAUGUUUCUCUCCCCUUUGAUGCUGCUCAGAUUCAGAGCUGGGAGACACCAGCCUGCAUCUGCCCACACAGGGGACUCACUGCAGCUUCCUCUUACAGUGACUUAUUCCCUCCUGCCCACACAAGUGUUUAUCAGCAAUCUGCUGGUUUUUAAUUAUGUUUUUUUAUACCUGUGGCUCCUGUUGAACCCCUGGGCAGGUGCUCAACGGCCUCCAAAGGCUUUUGGUACUUCCUGAGCACAAGCCAGAGCAGGCAUCCUCAGGUGUGGUGUUGGUUUUGCACUGCACACACUUGGGCACAGACAGUUGUGCCAGGUGCUGAAGGGUUUUUAGUAAAAAGCAAUGAAUUCUGAGCACCUGAUGGAACUGGGCAGACUUGUCCGGCCAACUCAGCCCCUGCCUGCCUGAGAUGGAAACCAGGAGUUUCUAGAGCAAUGUGAAUUGUCAUUUCCAUAACCAAAUGAGCUCCUGUAGGUGUGAUAGUGUGUAGAAAAUCUAGGUGUUCCCUAGGCAGAGAGAUCGUCUGAUACCUUCACCCCACACGUGUGUGCAAUCCCUGGGUGCCGAGUGAGAACUCAGCGUCCCUUUCACUUCCCUGGCUGUGACUUUCCUCUGCUCUGCUCAGCCCAGUGCUCCCCAGGAGCAGAACAUCUGGUUUGUCCCAGCCCUUCUGGGGCCUCCAGCUGUUUGGCAGCUGUGUCUCAGCCUCAGCCUGAGCCUUGAUUAGCCUGACUGACCUUAAUGUGAUUCCAGUGGUACCUUCCUGCCUCAGUCCCUGUGGGACAGUGGGGCUGCUGCAGGAUGGCACAGCUGGGGGAGGCAGGAAUGGGGUCCUCCCAAAUUCAGGGGGAAGAGGGUCUCAAAAAACGGGAUUGUGUGGAGGUGCUGGAAGGUACAGAGACCAUGAAAAUGAGUGGGAAUAGUUGCAAACUGUACAGGGUGAGUGUUAAUAUUAUUUAAUUGUAGUUACCUAGAUCCUGCAGUUGUUAUUUUCUGCUCCUUUUUGUUGUAUUUGCACUAGAGUUUGAAACUUUCAUUUUUCUAGGCUGACUUGCUGUUUGGCUCCUAACAGUAUUUCGGGAUGUUUUAGUGGUUUGGUAAGCCCAUCCGUCAGAGUCAGAGUGUUCAGUACCAGCGUUCUGAUCUCAGUUUUGGAGAGCAGGGAAUGCAGAGGAAUGAUGGUUCUUUAGUGCAAGGCCUUGAAACCACAGACUCCUGAGUAUUCCUGGUGCUUGAUAAUUGCACAAUUUCCUCAGGCCUGGGAAGGUAAAGCAGAGGCUUGUUGCACAAUUAAGGUUAAUUAUCUGGGAGCAGAAACUAGCAGUGGCUCCAGCAUUAUUGCGACAUUGCUCUUGCUCAUUCCCACCCUCCUGCAGACCCAAGACAGCAUGAAGGCUGAAGGAGAGGUUCAAACAAGUGUGGAGCUCAGCUCCAGAGCCAUCCAUACACAGGUGGUGUUGCGAGGGAGGGAUUUCCAAAGGGCUGGGUGGAUGCAGCCAGCCCUUGCUGGAGCUUUGGGGUUAUUUUAAAGCAAACUGGUUUCCUCUCAGCUCUGUAUUCACUCCUGGCUCAGGUGUGGGAUGGGCACAUCCCCCAAGCUGCUCCCUCCUGAAGCACAUGCUGUGGGGCUGUGCUGGGGGUGCUGCAGGUUUGGGGUGCCUUGUGGGGGCAGAGUGCUGGGGUUUGCUAUUCCCACGUCAUUCCAGAUGUUUCUGGAAGUGCUGGCUGGGGAUUUCAAGUGCUCUUAGGGCUGGGGUCCUUGUGUGGGCAGUGCUCCUGGGGUGAGGGGCUGCCUGCCUCCCUCCCCUUGCCUGUAAAUGCUGCAAUGCCCUUUCCCCCUGUGUUUUUAAAUAAAGAAGGAAAUCCUAAUUACUUUC